AUGGCCGAAUUAAAAAUUCAAGCUCCACUUGCUUACAUAGAAGACUGGCCAGAAUUCAAUGACUUUCAAAAUUCUGAAGAUGUUGAAAAUUCCAACAAAGAUUCCUUCUCUAGUCCAGAAACCAACGAAAAUUCUUUCAUGGACAGUAGCUUCAGUGAUGCUUUUUCUACAUCUCUGGAGGAUUUAGUCAACACAUUCGACGAAAAAAUUACAAAAUGUUUUUACAAUUAUGAAGAAAACGUAGAAAAACUUGCACCAGUGCAAGUUCGGAACCAAGAAGAAAUUAUGAACGAAUGCCAAAUAUGGUGGACAUUAACAGGUAAUUUUGGAACUAUUCUGCCCAUUGACUGGACUAAGUCAUGUGCUAAAGGACUUCAACACAAUAUCAUCAAUCUGAACAAAAAUUCGGACUGUGAUUUAAGGAAAGAUGACUCACCUAAAGACAAUAUGGAUAUGCGCUCUUUAUUGAUUAAAAACCUUCAUCAAGAACCACUUUUUACUGCAGAACAAGUAUUGGAAGAAAUUGAAGAAAUGAUACAACAACAGCGAUCACCUUCUUCUCUUAAUAUUUGUGAAACUCCUGAUAAAUCACCAGAUGAUUUGAAAGGCAAAGUAGCAAUGUAUAUUGGAAUGUAUAAAGAUGAGGUAAAAGUACUCAGCUUAGUUCAACUUCAUGAUUUGCUGAACGACUUGGAAAGUCUGAUUCAAGAUCACUCAGAGACUUUAAUUCGAGAGUUAGCACUACGAGAUGAGUUGGAAUAUGAAAAAGAACUAAAAAAUACAUUCAUCUCUUUGAUACUAAGUAUUCAAAAUAAAAGAAGACAACACAAUGUUGAUAAGAAGAAAUUUGUUAGAAAUGGAAGCAUUAAUGGACUAGAAUUAAAGUACCUUAGCACAGUUAUUCCUUAUGAUCCUGAGCAAGGCUCGCCUGACAACCCUACAUUACAAAUCUUGAUCAAAAUUUUGCAAGCAAUUAACGAUGACAGUCCUACGGUUCCAACAUUGUUGACUGAUUACAUAUUGAAAGAAUUCCUGCGGCUGUGA